AUGAGAAAGGGUGAUGAGGAGAAUGAUGAAAAGGAUGAUGAAGAGAAUGAUGAAGAGAAUGAUGAAGAGGAUGAUGAAGAGAAUGAUGAAGAGAAUGAUGAAGAGAAGGAUGAAGAGAAUGAUGAAAAGAAUGAUGAAAAGAAUGAUGAAGAGAAUGAUGAAGAGGAUGAUGUAGAGAAUGAUGAAGAGAAUGGUAAAGAGAAUGUUGAAGAGGAUGAUGUAGAGAAUGAUGAAGAGAAUGGUAAAGAGAAUGAUGAAGAGAAUGGUAAAGAGAAUGAUGAAGAAAAUGGUAAAGAGAAUGGUAAAGAGAAUGGUAAAGAGAAUGGUAAAGAGAAUGGUAAGGAGAAUGGUAAAGAGAAUGGUAAAGAGAAUGAUGAAGAGGAUGGUGUAGAGAAUGAUGAAGAGAAUGAUGAAGAGGAUGAUGAAGCGAAUGAUGAAGAGUAG